AUGCCUAAGGACAGCAAGUUGUAUGAUCUGUUAGGUGUUUCACCAACUGCAACGGAGGCAGAACUUAAGAAAGCAUACAAAGUUGGGGCUUUGAAGCAUCAUCCAGAUAAGAAUCAGCACAACCCAGACGCCGAGGAAAAGUUCAAGGAGAUCUCGCGUGCAUACGAAAUUCUUUCCGAUCCUCAGAAGCGCCAAAUCUAUGACCAAUAUGGCGAAGAAGGAUUGGAGGGUGGUGGUGGAGCAGGUGGAAUGAACGCCGAGGACUUGUUCUCGCAAUUCUUCGGCGGUGGCUCUGCAUUUGGCGGUGGUGGUUUUGGCGGUAUGUUUGGUGGUGGUGGUAUGCAACAACGUGGCCCACCAAAGGCUCGUACCAUUCAUCACGUUCACAAAGUUUCGCUCGAAGAUAUCUACCGCGGAAAAGUCUCCAAACUCGCCCUUCAGAAAUCCGUCAUCUGCCCCAAGUGUGAUGGACGUGGUGGAAAGGAAGGUGCCGUUAAGAAGUGCGCUGGAUGUGACGGCCAUGGUAUGAAGACAAUGAUGCGCCAAAUGGGUCCCAUGAUCCAGCGUUUCCAGACGGUCUGCCCUGAUUGUAAUGGAGAGGGAGAGAUAAUUCGUGAAAAGGAUAAGUGCAAGGGUUGCAAUGGUAAAAAGACUACCGUUGAAAGAAAAGUGUUACACGUUCAUGUCGACAGAGGUGUUCGUAGCGGACAUAAGAUUGAAUUCAGAGGCGAGGGUGACCAGACGCCAGGUGUUGAACCAGGUGAUGUUGUUUUCGAGAUCGAGCAAAAGCCCCACGACCGAUUCCAACGCAAAGAUGACGACCUAUUUUACCAUGCCGAAGUGGAUCUCGCUACUGCACUCGCUGGUGGAACAAUCUUUGUCGAACAUUUGGAUGAGCGGUGGUUAAGUGUUGAAAUACUUCCAGGAGAAGUUAUUAGCCCAGGAAGUGUCAAGAUGGUCCGUGGCCAAGGUAUGCCUUCAUAUCGUCAUCACGAUCACGGGAACAUGUAUAUCCAAUUCGAUGUCAAAUUCCCCGAGAAAAACUGGACCGCCGAUCCUGCAGCGUUCGAGGCCCUCAAGACCAUUCUCCCACCGACAGCAGCAGGCAUCACACCGCCUGCCGAUGCGAUGACGGAAGUUGCCGAUCUCGAGGAUGUCGAUGCCAGCCAACAAGCUAGAGCGCAAGGCGCGGGUGCCAUGGAUGAAGAUGAUGAAGAUGGCCCCGGAGGUGAACGUGUCCAAUGUGCUUCUCAAUAA